AUGGCCAUGGAUGGCCUCCCGGCGGCCAUCCGCACCCCUGCCCUGCCUACAAGUCGACCGACGCCCCUCCCAAACCCUAGCUUGCCUCCCCUCGUGCCCCCAUCUUCCUUUACCUCUGGAUCCACCUCCGCAAGUUCACCCGCCGCCGUCGUCGCCAUGGUCCUGUCGUUCUCGCGCCCGCUGUCACCCCUGCAUCGUAGGGAUGCGUCCACGAGCUCCACCGUCGACCGCAUCGUCGUCUGCAACUUCCGGCUCGAGCCAGGAACCUCUGCGGUGCCGGAUUGCCAUCAUCUUCAUCCUCGGGUACCCCCCACCGCCAGGGCUGGAGCUCUGCUCGCCACGCUCUGCAUCGCCCCUGGCCGCGCCCCACGCGUGAGCCGCCACAGCCUGGUCGCGCCCAUGUGCCCGCGCGUGCCCGCCCCUCCGCUGCUCUCUGCUGCCACGUGCACUGUCACUGCUACUGCGAGGCGCCCGCCUCCGCCGCCAUGGCUAGUCGCCCCGCCUCCACCCGCCGUGGCCGACCACCCUGCCGUCGCCCGCUGCGUCGCGUCCAUCUCCGCGCCCGCCCUCGCUCGGCCACAGCCUGGCUAA